AGAUUUGCAAACCUAAGAUGACUAAGACAUAGUUUCCUUCCUUACAUAAGGACAGACUGGCCUGAAGAAGGGGCAGAUUGAAGUGAAAAAGGAAGCAAUAAUAUUCACAGGGCAAAUUAUACAAGUUUUUAUGGGAGCACAGAGGAGGGACAGUCUAAUUUCUUCUUAUGAAUGAAUCUAUUUAGGCAAUGUAAUUAGAUUUUGAAAAAAAUUGUUGAAGAAUGUGUGAAACAAGUUUCUUUUGUCAGUUUUGGUCAAUGUUUUUGGAACAGUAAAAUCUGUUGUUUUAUGCCAUAUGCUUUUAGAAAAGUAAAAUCUGUUAUUUUGGUGGUCCUAGACAUCACCACUAUUUUCCCUUUGGUUCAUGACAUUGCAUGGGAAUAGUGUCAGGAGUGAAAGACUUACUACAGAGCUAAAGGUUGAAUGAUGAGGUGGACAGUUGGCAGCUAGAAACAUUUUCCAAGUGUUGAGUUUUUAACUUUUCCUAUGAAGCAGUGAAAAAUCUCAACAAUGUGAAUAGUACUCUAUCUCAACAUUGCUUUCUAAAAAACUAACAAAAAGAGAAGAAAAACAAAAUAUUUAAAUGAGUCACUAAAGAAAAAAAAUUCCAAAUAUGCACAUACACAUUGGGUAUAGCUAUUUGAGUCUGUUGGAGACCACGCGGUGGCGCUGCAGGCUAAAGAGAAAAAAGAAAACAACAAAAACAAAAAACACACCCACCCUGAACUGGGAAUGCUGCGGAAGUCAUUAACAGAAAAGGAAGAUCAGGCCAGAUAAGCUGGGAGAAAACCUGCAGUGGCCCUAGACUGGGAAAGGAAAAAAAACCCAGACCCCUGCAUGGCGUAGGUCUGGGGAUUGCUACUGCUGGUUCUUUAUGCUGGGAGCGUGACUGUGACCAACAUUGACAAAAGAGGUGUUCUGAAGAAACAAUGGAGGCUGGAACGUUGUGCUGCCCAAGACAAAGGCAAGUCCUAUUUCUUUUUCUGUUUGGGGGAGUAUCCUUGGCAGGUUCUGGGUUUGGACGAUAUUCGGUAACAGAGGAAACAGAGAGAGGAUCAUUUGUUGUCAAUCUGGCAAAAGAUCUGGGGCUAGGAGACCAGGAGUUGGUUGCAAGGGGAGCCCGGGUGGUCUCUGAUGACAACAAACAACACCUGCUCCUGGAUUCUCAGACUGGAGAUUUGCUUACCAAUGAGAAACUGGACCGAGAGAAGCUGUGUGGCCUCACGGAGCCCUGUAUGCUAUAUUUCCAAAUUUUAAUGGAUAAGCCCUUUCAGAUUUACCGGGCUGAACUGAGGGUCAGAGACAUAAAUGAUCAUUCACCAACGUUUCGGGACCAAGAGACAGUCUUAAAAAUAUUAGAAAGUACAGCUGAAGGGACAGCAUUUCGACUAGAAAGAGCAGAAGAUGCAGAUGGAGGACUUAAUGGUAUCCAAAGCUACACCAUCAACUUGAACCCUUUUUUCCAUAUUAAAAUUAGUGACAGUGAUGAAGGCAUGAUAUAUCCAGAGCUAGUGUUGGAUAAGGCACUGGAUCGGGAGAAGCAGCAUGAGCUCAGUUUAACACUCACAGCACUGGAUGGUGGGACUCCACCCAGGUCUGGGACCACGACAAUACGAAUUGUGAUCCUGGACAUCAAUGAUAAUGCCCCCCAGUUUUCUCAGAUAAUCUAUGAGACCCAGACCCCAGAGAACAGCGCAGUAGGAUCUCUUAUUGCAAAAGUCUCUGCAGGAGAUAUAGAUUCUGGAGUCAAUGCAGACAUAUCCUAUUCACUUUUUGAUGCUUCCGAAGAUAUACGAACAACCUUUCAAGUCAAUCCUUUUUCUGGGGAAAUUGUUCUCAUAGUGUUGCUUGAUUAUGAGCUAAUAAAGUCUUACAAAAUAAGUAUACAGGCAAUGGAUGGAGGGGGCCUUACUGCAACAUGUACAGUUUUGGUGGAGGUAUUAGACGUCAAUGACAAUCCCCCUGAACUGAUCAUAUCAUCACUUUCCAACUAUGUUGCUGAGAACUCUCCUGAGACGGUACUCGCUGUUUUUAGAAUUAAAGACAGAGAUUCUGGAGAAAAUGGAAAGAUGCUUUGCUACAUUCAAGAUAAUCUGCCAUUCCUUCUAAAACCUUCUGUGGAAAAUUUCUACAUCCUAAUGACAAAAGGAGGGCUAGACAGAGAGAGCCAGGCCGAGUACAACAUCACCAUCACCGUCACCGACCUGGGGACCCCCAGGCUGAAAACCCAGCACAACCUAACGGUGACGGUGUCCGACGUCAACGACAACGCCCCGACCUUCAGCCAGACGUCCUACACCCUGCGCGUCCGCGAGAACAACAGCCCCGCGCUGCACAUCGGCAGCGUGAGCGCCACCGACAGAGACUCGGGCGCCAACGCCCAGGUCACCUACUCGCUGCUGCCGCCCCACGACCCGCAGCUGCCGCUGGGCUCGCUGGUGUCCAUCAACGCGGACAACGGGCAGCUGUUCGCGCUCAGGUCGCUGGAUUUCGAGGCGCUGCAGGCGUUCGAGUUCCGCGUGGGCGCGGCCGACCGCGGCUCGCCGGCGCUCAGCAGCCAGGCGCUGGUGCGCGUGCUGGUGGCGGACGCCAACGACAACGCGCCCUUCGUGCUGUACCCGCUGCAGAACGGCUCGGCGCCCUGCACCGAGCUGGUGCCGCGGGCGGCCGAGGCGGGCUACCUGGUGGCCAAGGUGGUGGCGGUGGACGGCGACUCGGGCCAGAACGCCUGGCUGUCGUACCAGCUGCUCAAGGCCACGGAGCCCGGGCUGUUCGGCGUGUGGGCGCACAACGGCGAGGUGCGCACGGCGCGGCCGCUGAGCGAGCGCGACGCCGUCAAGCACAGGCUGCUGGUGCUGGUCCGGGACCACGGCGAGCCGCCGCUGUCGGCCAGCGUCACGCUGCACGUGCUGCUGGUGGACGGCUUCUCGCAGCCCUACCUGCCGCUGCCGGACGCGGCGGCGGCCGAGGCCCGCGCCGACCCGCUCACCGUCUACCUGGUGGUGGCCUUGGCGUCCGUGUCGUCGCUCUUCCUGUUCUCGGUGCUGGUGUUCGUGGCGGUGCGGCUGUGCAGGAGGAGCCGGGCGGCGUCGGGGGGCGGCUGCUCGGUGCCCGAGGGCCCGUUUCCGGGCCACCUGGUGGACGUCAGCGGCGCGGGGACCCUGUCCCACAGCUACCAGUAUGAGGUGUGCCUGAGGGGAGGAUCUGGGACCAAUGAGUUCAAGUUCCUCAAACCCAUUAUCCCCAAUAUCCAGGCGCAGAGCUCUGGGAGGAAUAGUGAAGAAAAUCCCACCUUUCUUAAUAGCUUUGGAUUUAAUUUUCAGUAAAAAUUCUUUUUAUAUUUUCAUUUACUUUUACGUGUUGUACUGUAAUAUCCCUAUUAGUUUACUAUCAAAACUCCUAGUUAUUGUGCCGGUUCAAGACUAAUUUUAAGUGCUGUCUAUCUGUUUUACAACGUUAUUUCAUCCUUCUUCCCCUUAAUCAAUAGCUAGCUUUAAUUAGCAUCCUUUUCUAAAUAAUAAUUUUAAGGUUCAAUUAUUUCAAAAUGUGCAAGGAUUUAGUUAUUAUUUCUUAGCUAGAGAACAAGUUUUUACUUUUCUCCUAGUGUAUUUCAUAGACUAACCUCUUGAUCCUAAUCACCUUGUACUUCCUUCAUGUAAGAAGACAUACCUUCACUUCUGACCUUAUCUAACAUUCUAUUUAAUCAUAUUUUUAAGAACCAUGUCAUCAAGCAUUUAAAAAGAAAUAUUUCUCUAUUACUGUGCUCAUGACACAGUGAGGUCAUUUUGUGAGUGAUAUUGGGCUCAUAAGAUAUCUUGUAGUCAUAUUAUUACUUCAUUUUCCUUAAACACACUACUCUUACAGUUUUUUAGUGUUCACUUUUGCUGACACAUGUAAAAUAGGUCAUGUCUUACAAUUCCAAGGAAAUGUAAUAAUCUGCAUGAAAAUGAAAAUAAAAACAUUUUGAAAAAUUUUGUGAGAAUAUUGGUGGAUUGUUGGAAAGCUAGUCACUUUUCAUUUCAUUCUGUAAAUUUAUUUUAGUUGUUAAGAAAAUUUAAAAUCAGGGGUGCUUGAGGGGC